AAUUAUAUGGCGCGAGAGGCUUCAACCUUAACCUCGCGCUAUUUCUCUGCUCUUCUGCUAUCGCAUCUGCCCCAAAUCGAACAUGCAGGCCAGUGAUAGAUUUAACAUCAAUUCCCAACUUGAGCACCUUCAGACUAAAUAUGUGGGAACUGGGCACGCUGACUUAAAUAGAUUUGAAUGGGCCGUGAACGUUCAGCGUGAUAGCUAUGCAUCAUAUGUUGGUCACUACCCCAUUCUGGCUUACUUCGCUAUAGCAGAAAAUGAAUCCAUCGGAAGGGAACGCUACAACUUUAUGAAGAAAAUGCUAUUACCUUGUGGCCUUCCUCCAGAAAGGGAAGACGAUUGAGAUUUUAUUAGUUUGUAAUCAGAGAUUGUACCUUUGAUUUGCUAACUCUGUUACGAAUUGGCUAAUGGGAAGUGAUUAAGAAUCAGUUUCCAAACCCAGUUGUUAUCAUCCUUUAUUUCAAGAAAAAUAUGUCCACUCUAGUCAUAGUCUGGAGAAUUCUCCCA